AUGAAUGAUGGUAUGAGCAUGUUACAACAAGUUGAUCUUACCAAAUACCAACAAACUCUAACAUCCCUUGGCAACAAAGGGCGAAUCCAGCCAUCUGGGCACCAACCAAAAUCUCUUAAUAUUUUGUUACUGAACAAAUGCGUUUCAAGCUAUAGGGUGCAUUCAACAUGCGUGGAAGAAAAAGUCAUGGAAGAAGUGGAGCUUGACCAAUCACCUGUGAAUACAAACUCUAUUCAAUUCGGCAAUGAGAAUGUCCAUGGCCAGAUGAAUCUGUCAUUAAUAAACAACGAAGAUCUUAGUGAGAAGUUGAGUCCUGAAGUUUGA